AUGGAAAAAGAAGAAGAUUUAAAAGAUUUUUGUGUAAUAGAUAAUCGUGGUAGUGAUAGUCCGAUAGAUGUAUCGUGUGAUAACAUAAUUGAUAAGAAUGGUAAUGUGAUAUAUAAAAGUUAUAAUAAUGUGUACAAAUUAACAUAUAAGCAUAUAUUUAAAUAUAAAAGAAUAAGUAGCAUUAGUACAGAUGUUAUAUAUGAUGAGAAUGGAAAUGGAUAUACUCCAUUAUAUCAUUAUUAUUAUGAUGAUGUAAUUAAUUCAGAUAUAAAUAAGGAAGAGGAUUAUGUGAUUAAUGAAGAAAUAUAUAAUAGAGAGAGUACAAAACAAGAAUGUUUGAAAUAUGAUAUGUAUGAAUUAUUAUUAUUACGUUUUUUAAAAUAUGAAUGUGAAGAUGAUGAUUCUGAAGAUAUAUUAAAUAAAUAUUGUUUUAUAAGAGAAAGGAAAUAUAAUAAACUAGGGGGAAAUAAAUAUAUACCUAGAGACAGAAGUAAUACUAACAAUAAUAUAGGUAAUAAUGUAAAUGGAAUGAAUAAUUUUGUUUUAUUAAAUAAUAAUAAUAAUAAUAUGAGAAUAAGGAACACAUAUAACAACAACAAUAAUAAUAAUAAUAUUAACAAUAAUAAUAAUAUUAACAAUAAUAAUAAUAAUAAUAAUAACAAUUUUAAUAAUAAUAACAAUUUUAAUAAUAAUUACAAUUUUAAUAAUAAUAACAAUUUUAAUAAUAAUAACAAUUUUAAUAAUAAUAACCAUUUUAAUAAUAAUAACCAUUUUAAUAUUCAUAAUAUUGAUAACUAUGAUGAUGGUUAUGUGAAGGGAAGAUAUCGUGGAAAUUAUUUGUCAAGUUCAUUAAAUAAUAUAAAUGGAAAGGUUUUUAAAAAUUUAGAUGAUAAUUGUUAUAAUUUACCAACUAAUAAUUUAUAUAUUGAUAAAGAGGGUAAAAUGCAUUUAACCGGAAAGGAACAUUAUAAUGCUGCAUCAAGUAAUGAAUUUAACCAUAAUAGUAAGAACACAAAUAAUUACCAUAACGGCAAUUAUAAUAACAAUAAUUUCUGUAAUAACAAUUAUAAUGAUAAUAAUUAUAAUAAUAGUAAUAAUAAAGGAAUGGGAAAUAAAUAUGAAAGGAGUUUAAAUUAUUUAAAAAAAGAACAUGAUAUGGUUGAUUAUGAAUAUAAUAAUAAAGGUAAUAUAAGAAAAAAUGAUUCGGAGAAAUAUUGGGAUAAUCCUCCGUUACAUUAUUCUAAGAAAAAUAAUUAUGAUAUUUUUACUUUGGGAGAUAUUAAAAAGUAUGCAAAAAAUAAUGAAAAGAAAGGAAAUAAUAAAUAUAUGAAUAUGCAUGAUAAUAAUAGUAAUAAUAGUAAUAACAUUCUUAAUAAUAAUAAUAAUAAUAUGAAUAGUAAUAGUAAUAAUUAUAAUAAUAUAUUUAAAGAUAAUGAUGAAGAAAAUUUGACCAAAAGUAAUUUUGCAAAAUGGUUUAAGAAUAAUAAUAUGAAAGUUAAUGAAAAUACAGAUAUAAUAAAAUAUCUGAAUAGUAAAAAUAGUCAGGGACAUUCAGAUGGAAAGAAUAACAACAAUAAUAAUGGUAAUAAUUAUGGUAAUGAUAAUGGUAAUAAUAAUGGUAGUAAUAUUAAUGGUAGUAAUAUUAAUGGUAGUAAUAUUAAUGGUAAUAAUAAUAUUUUUCAAGGUAAUAGUAGGAAUUAUGAAAAUGUCAUGUAUAAUAUAAAUAAUCAUAAUAAUAGUAAUAAUAAAAUUGAAGCGUCUUUUAAUACAGAUAAUAUAAACACGAAUAAUGGUAGGGAAGAAGAAAAAAUUAGUAAUACGGUGGCUGAAUUAUUAAUGAAACAGAUUUCAAUGAUUAAAGAACGUAAUAAAGGUUUGGAUGUUAUGGAAAAAAAAAAUACGUUUGGUAUUUUAGAUAACAAUUAUCAGAAUUAUGGAAGUAAUAAUAAUUGUAGUUUGGAAAAAAACAAUAUGAAAGAAAAUGAUAUAUAUUCAAAAGAAGCAAGCAAAAGAAUAAUGGAUAUUUUCAGAACAUUAAAUUCAAAUGGUCUAGUGUCCCAAGAAUCAUUGUUGGAGAAUCAAGGUGUACCUAAUAAUAAUAACAAUUACAAUAAUUACAGUAGUAAUAGAAAUAAAAAUCAAAAUAAUAUUAAUAUGAAUCAAAAUAAUAUUAAUAUGAAUCAUAAUAAUAAUAAUAUUAAUAACAAUAAUAAUUAUUACAAAAAUAAUCAUAAAUAUCAUUCCAUGGAUAAUGUGACAUAUAAAAAAAACUUUAUUAAUAAUUAUAACAAUAAUGAUGGAAAUAAUAUUAUUAAUAGUAAUAAUAAUGUGGAACAUUAUUAUAUGAAUAAUAAAAAGAAUUUUAAAAAUAAAAUUAAUAAUUACCAUAAUUUACCAGAUAAUAAAAAUAAUAUGAUUAAUAAUAAUACGUACAAUAAUAAUAUUAAUAAAAAUAAUUUAUCGAAUAUGGAAAAUUUCCCCCCAUCAGUAUUAUUUAAUAAUUCAGAUGUAAAUAAAAAUAAUACACAAGGAAAUAUUAAUAUUACUCCUAUAAUUAAUUCAAUAUUACGUUUAGAUAAUGAAGUUGAUAAUGUACAUAACAAUUCAAUAUCUGAAAAUAUACAAAAUGCAAAAGUAAGUAAUGUUUUAGAUUCAUUAAAGUCUUUAUUAAAAGCUUCAAAAAGUCAAGGUAAUAAUAAUUAUAAUAUCCCUAAAAAUUUUAAUAAUAAUAAUAAUCAUAAUAAUAAUAGUAAUAGCAAAUUUAUAAAUUAUAACUCCCAACAAUAUUAUCCAUCACAUCAACAACAGCAACAUCAACAGCAGCAACAACACCAACAACAACAACAACACCAACAACAACAACAACAACAACAAACACUAAUGCAAACACAAAUAAAUCGUACUCAUUUGAAUGAUUAUAAUAAAAAAAAAUUUAAUAAAAAGGAAAGGUAUCCAAUGAAAUAUCCUGAAUUUGAUGGAACUACGAACGAAACUAUGAUGGUACGAGAAAAAGCAGAAAGACAACUUGUUUGA